CGCUCUCAGGUGUCUCGUAUACGCAUUCGCCGUGCUGGCAAGUUCAUUCGCCUAUGAUGACGAAUGCUACAUUCCUCUUUUGGACAGAGCUCAAAUAACAGCAACAUCUUCCUUGCCCGAAAGAGGUCCAAAGAAUGCUAGACUAAAUGGUGGAUCCCCUAGCAAGUAGCCUGGAGACUAUCUCAAACGAGAUAUCUUGCAAAAUAUUGUUUUUAUAAUCAGAGAUAAUUUAAGAAUGCACCAAUUGUCGUCAUAAUAGACAAAAUAGACAAGAGUACAUGGGAUGUGCAAACUGAUUAAAUAAUUUGACAUUGGUUAUGCGUAAUACCAAUAUUUUUAAAAUGUCGUCAGCCAUUCGGUGGGCAUUUAAUUGGAAAGAGUGGAACCCGAGUGAGCAAGAGUUUGAAUAUGCAAUUUCUUGUGUACAAAACGAUGAAAAGAUUAGACUAGAAAAAUUUGUAUUUCGUAAAGAUGUUAGAGCUUCUCUUGUAGGCAGAUUAUUAAUGAGAAAAUUUGUAAAUGAGUAUACAAAUCUUCCGUAUGACAAAAUUGUUUUUACUAGAGAUGAACACAACAAGCCGGUAUUAAAAGAUAAUUCGGCUGUUAUAAGUUUUAAUGUUUCUCAUCAAGGAUCUUAUACGGUUUUAGCAGGCGAGAUUAGGGAUAUAAAAUUAGGCGUAGAUGUUAUGGCGUUAGAAUAUACUGGGUGCAAAAGUGUCUCCGAAUAUUUUCGUAUAAUGAAUAGAAAUUUCUCGUCAGCUGAAUGGAAAGAGAUCAAAGGUUUUGCUUCAGAAAAAUCUGAAAAGGAACAAAUAUAUAUGUUUUGCAGACACUGGGCUUUAAAAGAAAGUUACGUUAAAGCACUUGGUAUGGGAAUUGUUGUUGAUCUAAGGUGUAUUGAUUUUCGAACCAAUUCGGAGUUAAGCGAAGAUUCGAUCACAACCGAUACAGUCUUGUAUAUCGAUGGGAUCAAGCAAAAGUGGUUGUUUGAAGAAACUUUACUCGAUUCAACACACUGUGUUGCUGUAGCAUUGCAAGAGAAUGAUAAUUUGUUACAAUUACGUAAUACCAAGUUUAAGAUAAUGCAUUUUGAUGAACUUAUAUCACACGCAGUUCCACUUUUUCCAUUAGAUCCACAGUACACGACUCAAUAUUUUGCUAAAUCUGAAAGACCAUAGCUUCAUUGAUUAUUCAUAAGAUAAUAUUAAUAUAAAUAUUAGUGGAAUAUUAUAGAGAAAUAUAAAAGAGAUAAUGUUUUUUAAUAUAUUAAUAUCAAAAGAUGAUAAUAUUCUUUGUAUAUUAGUUAAUUGCAAAAUAAUAAAGAGUUA